AAAAUUUAUUGACGUUUUCCGAACUCGAACAUCGGCGCUAAAUUUUAUCAAAAAUUCAUGAAAUUAAACUGAAAACGUAUACAUUUCUGUGUUGGAAAUAAACUUUAAUGGUUCACCGAAAUGGUUAAAAACAGAAAAUUGACUACGCAACAAAAACAUGGGAAUAAUAACGAAUCUAGUAGUAGUUCGGGCGGCAGUGAAUCCUCUUUCGCCAGUCGAACUUUUCACUUGUUAUCUAUUUGGAAAACGGGUGUUGGAGUGGUGUGCUUUAUGAUAGCAGUGUAUAUAGGUACCCUAGGCUACCUGGAAACGAGGGUGAAUACCCCACUAGAUGAAGAAAAGGCAGUCAAAAAUUCAGGGUUGGCAGUGCCAGAGAGGUACUGGGGCAGCUACCGUCCAGGCGUGUACUUUGGGCUUAAGAGCCGUGAUCCUAGAUCACCAGUGUUUGGCAUGAUGUGGUAUGAACUUGCUGCAUCUGCACAUAAAGGAAUAAGACAUUGGUGUGAACAAAAUGACAACCUCCCUUCAUAUGGCUGGCUCCGGCAUGAUGGAGUGUUUUUUGGGGAACAGCUAAUAUCUGAUCCUCCUCACAAUAUACACACCUCCUUCAUCAAGUCUCCUGGAGGGGAGCAUGGGGGGCAUUGGACUGCACGGAUCAAUGUCACUGCUUCCGGCAAAAUGAAUACCCCCUUCGUAUUGGUAUGGUACGGCGCGUUGGACGAGUCCUUGGGUGCAGGGCCACACUCACGCCUGUGGUCCGAGCGGGGGACAUUACUGGGGCACACACCAGCUUUGGGCAACUUCAAAGUGCAUCUUGUACCACAUUCCGGUAAACUAAUACACUCGUCGUUUUCCGAGGCGCAUGUACCAGGGCUUAAUGUUCUAAAGGAGAAGUUCUAUUCUCUGUUGAGGGUGGAGAAACAUCCACACUUCGGCCGUCUUGCUGUUAUGGGACCAGACGAAGAACUCAAAGAACAGGGCAAGGAAGUAAACUUCGUCCCCAUACAAUUGUUAGUGGAAACACCCUUUGUAUUAGACGUGGUGUACACAACCGAAGAUUUUCCAACACCCCCUAUAAAGGGGGAUGAAUACACGGAGACUAUGGAAAACUUGACAAAGGAAUUUGAUGAGAAGUUUGAGGAGAAGUUUGGAUUACUGGAAAAGGGCUACUCAGAAGAGGAUGUGGCGAUAGCAAAAGCGGCUAUGUCGAACAUGAUAGGAGGUAUCGGCUACUUCUAUGGCGCAAGUCGGGUGCAGUCACAGUAUACUAAAGAGCCUGUGCCUUAUUGGAAGGCGCCUUUGUACACUGCUGUGCCUAGCAGAUCCUUCUUUCCCCGGGGUUUCCUCUGGGACGAAGGGUUCCACGGUCUACUCAUUGGACGGUGGUCACCAGAAAUACAACUUGACAUCGCAGCCCACUGGCUUGAUCUCAUCAACGUUGAGGGUUGGAUUCCACGGGAGCAAAUACUAGGAGCGGAGGCGUUAGCAAGAGUUCCCAAAGAGUUCGUAGUACAAAGCAACGCGGCUGCCAACCCACCUAUGCUGCUCAUAACAAUCGCUCGCCUGGUCAAAGCCAAGCCACACAUGUUCAAGAUAGAUUCGCCACAUCGGAAGACUUUGGAUAGGAUGUUUCCUAGAUUACAGGCGUGGUAUCAAUGGUUUCAAUCAACGCAAAAGGGUGAAGAGCCUAUGUCAUAUAGAUGGAGAGGAAGAGAGGACGAUGGAGUCCAAUUGAACCCUAAAACCUUGACUUCAGGACUUGAUGACUAUCCCAGAGCCUCCCAUCCUUCAGAUAUAGAACGGCACGUGGACCUUCGCUGCUGGAUGUACGCGGCCGCAGAUGCCAUUGCCACUAUAGCCCAAGUUCUCGAGCUGGAUUCGGAAAAGUUCGAAUCAACAAGGGACCAGUUAGGCAAUGAAGAUCUUCUGAACGAACUCCACUGGUCUCCUCACACGCAUACUUAUGCCGACUAUGGUUUACAUACAGACGGGGUCCGAUUCGUCCGACAGCCGAAUAAGAACCAGCAAGAGGGAUCCAGAUUGGUUCGAAGCGUGACCAUAGCGCCGCAACCGCGCCUAGUCACCUCUGCUUUCGGCUAUGUAUCCUUGUUCCCCAUGCUCCUCAAAGUUCUGCAGCCUGAGAGCGAGAAACUGGGGAAAAUACUAGAAAUGUUGGACAAACCUGACUUAUUAUGGUCACCCUAUGGCUUGAGAUCCCUAUCAAAGCUGUCCCCGCUGUAUAUGAAGCGCAACACAGAACACGACCCGCCGUACUGGCGCGGGCAAGUGUGGAUCAACAUCAACUAUCUCGCUCUCUCUGCGCUCAAACACUACUCCAGUGUGAGAGGACCCCACAAGGAACGCGCGCUCGCUCUUUACACGGCGCUCAAGGACAACGUAGUGCGUAAUAUCCUAUCAGAAUACAAAAGAACCGGCUACCUCUACGAACAGUAUUCCGGGGAAGAUGGUCGCGGUAGUGGGUGCAAGCCCUUCACCGGCUGGACUGCACUCGUAGUACUCAUAAUGGCGGACGACUAUUAAACGCAGCACGCGUCAUCAAAGUUGAAACUGUACGUCAAUUUUUAGGCUUCCGUACCUCUAAAAGAAAAACGGAACCCUUAUAGGAUCACUUUGUUGUCUGUCCGUCAAGAAACCUAUAGGGUACUUCCCGUUGACCUAGAAUCAUGGAAUUUG